UGAGAGAAUUUAUGGAAUAUUUGGGAUUAGGAGACACACUAAUUUAUUGAACAUUUAUGUACACGUAGCACACUUUGAAUUUUGAUUAUCAAUGUCAGUCAGAUUCUAUAAGAGCUUAGUAGUAGACGUUCUUUCUGCUUUUUUAUAAUUUUAUAAUUUAAUACAUAUAGCGUAAAAAACUGCAACAUGAAGGUUUGCUUAUUACUUCUGGCCGUUGUGGCCUUUGUGAGUCUCUCACAUGGUGAAGAGAAGAAGGAAAAGGAUAAGGAUAUUGGCACAGUAAUCGGUAUCGAUUUGGGCACAACAUACUCUUGUGUUGGUGUAUAUAAAAAUGGGCGUGUAGAAAUUAUUGCCAACGAUCAGGGUAAUCGUAUCACACCAUCUUAUGUGGCAUUCACUGCUGAUGGUGAACGUCUUAUUGGUGAUGCUGCUAAGAAUCAGUUGACAACGAAUCCCGAGAACACAGUUUUCGACGCCAAACGUCUCAUUGGUCGUGAAUGGUCCGAUACCAAUGUCCAACAUGAUAUCAAAUUCUUCCCAUUCAAGGUUGUUGAAAAGAACUCAAAACCACACAUCAGUGUAUCCACAGCUCAAGGCAACAAAGUAUUCGCCCCUGAAGAAAUUUCCGCUAUGGUUUUGGGUAAAAUGAAGGAAACCGCUGAGGCUUAUCUUGGCAAGAAGGUUACACACGCUGUGGUUACUGUGCCCGCUUACUUCAAUGACGCUCAACGACAGGCCACCAAGGAUGCUGGUGUCAUUGCUGGUUUGAACGUGAUGCGUAUCAUUAAUGAACCUACUGCCGCCGCUAUUGCUUACGGUUUGGAUAAGAAAGAGGGAGAGAAGAAUGUGUUGGUAUUCGAUUUGGGCGGUGGUACUUUUGAUGUCUCAUUGCUGACCAUCGACAAUGGUGUAUUCGAGGUAAUUGCCACCAAUGGUGACACUCACUUGGGUGGUGAAGAUUUCGAUCAACGUGUAAUGGAUCACUUCAUCAAAUUGUACAAGAAGAAGAAGGGUAAGGAUAUCCGCAAGGACAACCGUGCUGUGCAGAAAUUGCGUCGUGAGGUCGAGAAGGCGAAACGUGCUUUGUCCGGUUCUCAUCAAGUUCGUAUUGAAAUCGAAUCAUUCUUCGAGGGAGAAGACUUCUCAGAAACUUUAACUCGUGCUAAAUUCGAAGAAUUGAACAUGGACUUGUUCCGCUCCACAUUGAAACCAGUAACUAAGGUCUUGGAAGAUGCCGAUAUGAAUAAGAAGGAUGUGCAUGAAAUCGUUUUGGUUGGUGGUUCUACACGUAUUCCAAAAGUACAACAACUGGUUAAGGACUUCUUCAGCGGCAAGGAACCAUCUCGCGGUAUUAACCCUGAUGAAGCUGUCGCCUAUGGUGCUGCUGUACAAGCUGGUGUAUUGUCCGGCGAACAAGAUACCGAUGCCAUUGUUUUACUUGAUGUCAAUCCAUUGACUAUGGGUAUUGAAACUGUUGGUGGUGUGAUGACUAAAUUGAUUCCUCGCAACACUGUGAUCCCAACAAAGAAAUCGCAAAUCUUCUCUACUGCUUCUGACAAUCAGCACACAGUUACCAUCCAAGUUUACGAAGGUGAACGUCCAAUGACUAAGGAUAACCAUCUGCUCGGUAAAUUCGAUCUUACUGGUAUUCCACCAGCACCACGUGGCAUUCCUCAAAUCGAAGUAUCGUUUGAAAUUGAUGCUAACGGUAUUUUGCAAGUUAGUGCCGAAGACAAGGGUACCGGCAACAAGGAAAAGAUUGUGAUCACCAACGAUCAAAAUCGUUUGACUCCUGAAGAUAUUGAUCGCAUGAUCCGCGAUGCUGAGAAGUUUGCCGAUGAGGAUAAGAAACUGAAAGAGAAGGUCGAGACCCGCAACGAAUUGGAAUCCUAUGCCUACAGCUUAAAGAACCAAAUUGGCGAUAAGGACAAAUUGGGUGGUAAAUUGAGUGACGAUGAAAAGACCAAAGUAGAAAGUGCCAUCGAUGAAACUAUCAAAUGGAUGGAACAAAACGCCGAUGCCGAUCCAGAAGAGUACAAGAAGCAAAAGAAGGAUCUGGAAGCGAUUGUGCAACCCAUCAUCGCCAAGCUUUACCAAGGAGCUGGUGGUGCACCACCCACUGAAGAGAGUGAAGAUGAUGCGAAGGAUGAACUGUAAAGAGCGGAUGGAGUAAAAAAUUAGUCCUUAAUACGUUUACUAUUAAUUUCAUUUAGUUAUUAAAACUGAUAUAGAAAAUUUCAGACUGAUACACUCUUAAACAAAAUAAGUUUAAUAAAUUUCGAAGAUCUAAUACGAAGAAAGACAGAA